UACGUCACUGCACGGUGUCGGACGCAGUGUUUACCACUUACCAGGCAGUGGAAAGAACUCCGAGAAGCCGUAGAGGCCGCUCAUCAGGCACCUGUAAACUGAUAAUGCCUGGCUUUUUGUACCUGUUGUCAUGGGUGGCCACAAUCGUACACAUAUGCAUGGGGACACUUUCUCUAGCUGCAGCACUUUACUACCUUGCAGAGCUCGUAGAGGAAUAUACAAGCACAGUUGCCAAAGUCAUCAGAUACUGGAUUUGGGUCACCAUGGGAUUAUAUAUCCUACUCUUCAUAUUUGAGAGUUUGCCAACAUCCAUCAUUGCUUGUGGCCUGGUGUCACAACUAGUCCACCUCUCCAUUCUCAGAAAUUUUCCAUUUUUCUUCCUAACAUCAUUGCCAUUCAUCUUUGGCAUAGUUUUGUUUUUUGCCAAUCAUUAUCUUGCCUUCUCCUACUUCAGCUCAUUUUAUUACCCAGCAUCAGAGGUCCUGGGAUAUUUUACCAUGUGUGUCUGGCUGAUCCCAUUUAUGUUCUUCAUCUCUCUGUCUGCUAAUGAAAAUGUAUUACCCACACAUGCAGAAAGCAGACCUUUCCUCUCAAAUGAUGAUGACUUUGUUACUGGGUAUUUCAACAAGAAGGGUAAGAAAUACGGACUCUUAUCAUUCUUCAAUUACCUCAAAGAAGAAUUUUUUCCACAGCGCGGGAAAAAGGCUUUCUAAACUUUUUUUUUCUAAUUUGUAAAUUAAAUAAAUACACUAAGUAUUUUCAGUUUAUGUAUGAACCACUAUUGAUUAACUCUGUAUCUACAUCCUUUUUACAAGCAGUGUGCAUGCUUUUAUUUUUUUCAAUAGUUAAAUCUGAAAACUUGCACAAUAGUUUGCAAGUUGAUAUUGUUUUAAACAGUUUGAGAAAGUAGCUAAUCAGAUUUUUCCCUUAAAAUUUCUUGACCUCAUGAAUUAUACUGUGUAAUAGGUAUGACUCAGACUCAUUUCAUAUCAAAUUAAAUGAACUGUGAAUAUGUAUAAAGUGCACAUCAUUUUUUUUUUUUUUUUUUUUUUUAUAAAAGUACAAUAUACAUUAUACUGGAGAGUAUCCUAGUGGUAAUUUCUGGCACUUUUUUCAAAUGAUUUGUGAAACAAAUCAGACUAUGCUUAAGAAUUGUCCAGCAGGUUGGUGCUACAAGCUACAGAUGGAAAAAACUUGUUUUCUUGUUAUACUACUUCCCAAGGAAGUUGAAGCACAGAAGCAAGUGAAGAGGAUAAUAUGAUGUUUACCACUCUAUGGUUGCAGCUCCAAAGUCUAAGGUGUGCAUUAUUGUGCUCUGGUAACCUGCUGUCGCACUACAUGUCCAAUUUUGUGGAUAUAUAUGGUAGCGUACGCAUAGAUAUCAAUAGUAUGCAGGGAGCAGUGAUGAAUACUGUCAUUUAUAGUUGAUUUUGAGUUUCACAUUAUUAAUAAUGUCACAGACAGCUGUUUUGUUAAUUUAUGAGGUCUCUGAUUAUGAUUAUUAAAUAACCACUACCACCAAAUAGGCAAUACCAUCCUCAGAGAAGAGUAUAAUAAAACAACUUUCUGCGACAUUAGUAUUAAUUGAAAAUUCAAAAUCAACUACAAUUGACAGUAUUCGUCAUUGCUGCCUACAUAUUACUGAUACUGACAACUGUUUCCUAUGUGUUGGCUAUCAUAUGUUAUCCACGAAAUCAGACACUGCAUGUGACAGCAGGUUGCCAGAGUACAAUAAUGCACUCCUUAGACUUGGGCGUUGUGCCUAUAGUGUGUGAAAAUGAAAAAAAAAAUUUUUGGAAAUUAUCUUCAAAAUAGUGCAAUGGAAUUUUUCAGACACACACAGUUAGCAUUUUAUAAACACACACACACACACACACACUUGGUUUUUAGCAAGGAACCGGAAGUAAUAUAAAAUAUUAAAAUUGAUUGCCCAGUAGCAAAGAGUGACCAUGCGAUUGUGGAAUUUGAAGUAAAAGAAAAGAGAACGAUUGACCGAAAAGAGGAUCACAAAAUAGGGAGAAAUAACUACUCUAAGGCAGACUUUGUUAAUAUGAGAACUUUUUUUGAGAAUGCAAAUUGGAGUGGGCUGUACAAAGCCAAAAGUACACAAGACAAGUGGGAGGAGUUUUUAAAGCUGUACAAAGAAGCUGAGAAUAGAUAUGUCCCUAAGGUAACCAAAAAGGAUGUUGGUAAAAAGGAGUGUUUUAAUAAAAGAUGUGAGGUGGCUUGAAAAAGAAAGGAGGAAGCCUGGAAGGGAUGGAGGAGACGAGGAAGAAUUAACGCGUGGAACAAUUUCAAACAAGCAAGGAAUGAAUAUACAAAGAUUAGAAGAGAAGAAAAAUGGAAACAUGAAAAAGAUAUAAUCGACAAAUGCAAAGACCAACCUAAAUUAUUUUAUAGACAUGUGAACGGCAAAUUAAAGAAUAGAGAAGCAAUCGAUAAACUGAAAAUGGAUGGAACUACAUAUGAAGACCCAGCAGAGAUGGCAGAAGUGGUGAACAAUAGCUUUAAUAGAGUUUUCACAAAGGAAGACGAAUUCAUACAACCACCGGGCCAGGAAAGAGGAAGGGUUAUGCAGGAGAUACAGUUAACGAUGCAGGAGGUCAAAGAAAGCUUGAACAGUCUGGAUGUAAGAAAAGUGACAGGGCCGGAUGAAGUAUCAGGGUGGAUCCUGAAAGAAUGUAGUGAGCAACUUGCAGAGAAACUACACUCCAUAAUGAGUGCCUCCCUGAGUGAAGGAAAGGUACCACAAAAUUGGAGGAGAGCAAACAUAGUACCAAUUUUUAACGGAGGAAAGAAAGAGGACCCAUUAAUUACAGACCGGUAUCACUCCCUAAUGUGAUUGCAAAGAUAUGCGAGAGGCUGGUUAAAAACAGGUGAUUGGAUUUUUUUUAGAAAUGGAGAGAAUUAUCUCGGAUUGCCAGUUUGGAUUCAGGAGAGGGAGAUCUUGUCACCAACUUAUGUUAUUACUCAAGGGUGACAGAUUUAAUACAAGAGAGAGAAGGCUGGAGGGAUGGAGUGUACCUGGAUUUGAAAAAGGCAUUCGACAAAGUACCGCACAGAAGACUAAUUUGGAAAAUUAAAAAUAGGGGUGGAGUGGGUGAUAGACUUAUUAAGUGGCUGGAGGACUUCCUAACUAACAGAAAAAUGAGGACAAUAAUCAAGGACAAGGUUUCCCACUGGUGCCCAGUGAGGAGUGGGGUCCCACAAGGUUUGGUGCUGGCACCAAUAAUGUUUGCUGUUUAUAUAAAUGAUAUGGUGGAAGGAGUGACCAGCUAUGUGAGUUUGUUUGCAGAUUAUGCAAAGCUAUUGAGAUGAGUCAAUGAUGUGAAAGACUGUGAGGCAUUGCAGAGGGACCUGGACAAAAUAUGGGAGUGGAGUGGUACAUGGCAGAUGGAAUUCAACCUUGGGAAAUGUAAAAAAAUAGAGUUUGGUUGGAGUGGUAGAAGAUGUGAAUAUGAUUAUAAGAUGCGAAGUGAGAUAAUAUGAGAAGGAGUGGAGGAAAAAGAUUUGGGAGUGACUGUCUCAGAGAACAUGUCACCGGACAAACACAUCAACAGGAUAACAGGACAAACUCUGAAUUUGCUGAGGAACAUAAGGACGGUAUUUGUGUAGUACUUGGAUGAGAAGAUGAUGAAGAAAAUAAUAAGCCGCAUUUUCGCCGUGGUAUGGGGUUGGCUAACAUCAGGGACCUCGCCAGAAUGCGCCCUGUUGCCUCCUGGGAAGCAUCUUUGUUUAUCUGACAUCACUAGUUGCGAUGGUGGUGCCUCUCAACAUUGUCUCAACAUGGAAUCUUUCCAGGUUGGUCCUGGAGCAACAUUUUCUCAAAAAAUGUUGACCAGAAGUUGACUGCCAAAACGGUUUGAAGCAACACGGGAUCAACUUGUGACGUAUUCGUGGCAUCACUUCAGCAAAUGUUGACGGCAAAAACGCGGCUAUAGUUACAAUGAUAAGGCCAAGGUUGGAGUAUGCAGCAGUGGUCUGGUCUCCUCACAAAAAGAAGAACAUAAGGAAGCUGGAAAGAGUGCAGAGAGUGGCAACAAAGAUGGUACCGUAACUUAGAGAUCGGACUUAUGAGGAGAGACUCAAUAGCAUGGGGCUCACAACCCUAGAGAGAAGAGAAAGAGGAGACAUGAUAGCAGUGUACACGGUUGCAAGCAAAGUGGAGCAUUUGGACAGAGAGGACCUGUGUGUGUGGAACGAGAGAGAAACGAGAGGACAUGGAAAGAAGUUGAUGGCAACCAUGUGGUCGGAGAGAUGUGAAAAAAUUUAGCUUCCCAAACAGAAGCCUUGAGCUAUGGAAUAGGCUGGAGGAGGUGGUGGUUUGUGCAAGACACAUUCAUGAUUUUAAGGAAAAGUUGGAUAAGAGUGGAUUUGGAGACAGGACAGCGUGAGCGUAGCUCUUUUCCUGUAUAUCACAACUAGGUAAAUUCAACUAGGUAAAUACACAACACACACACACACACACACACACACACACACAGACGGGACAGCGUGAGCGUAGCUCUUUUCCCGUAUGUCACAACUAGGUAAAUACAACUAGGUAAAUGCAAAUACACACACACACACACACACACACACACACACACACACACACACACCAGUAGGGCAAUAAUUAAUACGCCUGCCUCACAACCAAGAGGUCCUGGAUUUGAUUUCUGGGCAGAGUGGAGACAGAUGGGUAGGCUCAGUCUCCUUUACUUCAUACCUCCCUCCCACCCAGCACUGAAUGGUUAUCGGGUAUCAUUCGGGUUGUGUACUGGCUGGCAAUCACAAGUUCAGUGCCUGAUCUGACUGUAGUGAAUGACACACUCACAAACACAUUUAUUGAGACAAUUUAGAAUAAAUUAAAAUUUGCAGCUCCUUUCAUACAUUGAAACUUCUAUACUCCUUUCACAUUCAUUGUCAUAAAUUCAUGCAUUCACUUAUUCACAAACUUCUUUCAUUCUUUCAAAAUCCAGAUAGUCUGGAUUAUGGUCUUUCAAAUAUAGUUGUGUACAACAAUUUUAUUUAUUUUUUAAAAAGCUGCUGUAAGGUAACAAGUUCGUUUGGUAUGAUUCAUUAAACAACUAAGUAGUUGCCAAAACUGAGAAACUUCAAAUCCCAAGUUUUGCUAAAGCAUCCAUUCUGUUACCAAACACACCUGUUGUCAUAGUCAUGUGGUCAUUAUACAGUAAAACCCCUAGUAACCGGCAGCUGCAGGGAUUCAGAGGUGCCGGGUAAGUGGAAAUUCUGGAUACUUGGAGUACAUUCCAAUAAUUCCUUAUGAAAUUUCAUUGAAAUAACACAGGUACUAUUCACUCGGAAAUGCAUCUCCUGACCAUAAGUAUGUUUGUUCUUACUGGACGCUGCUUGACCCUUCAGCCAUGCAAGUUGUGCAGCGUUACCAGUAGUUCAGUAGCGAGUGUGAAAUUGCCUUUGUAAUAUCAAUGACAAUGGACCUAACAAGUUUUGCCAAAAGGACAAUGUUAGCCAAACACCUAAACCAAAACUAAGCCCAAGCCCCACACAUUGUAAAUAAAGGAAACAUCAUUAUUAAUGGGUGUGACCAGUAUCACCUCUGUUGCAAUCGGGCACAAGACAGCCCUGCAUGCAGUUAAUCCAUCUGCCAUACAACUCCCACAGGUGGGAUGGUGUGUCCAUCAGAACAGUGGAUCAUCUGAGCACAAGAUGGUGUCCCACAAACAACUCUUCACAAUACUGUAUUCCCUUAGCAGCUCUUAUAGGCAACCCUUUACUGAAAAAAGCAAUCAUGGUUGAAUGAAACAUUCAUACAAAGGAAGAUGCAGCAGAGGUGACUCUGGCUACACUCAUUAACUAUGGUGACUUUCGUUUAAAAUCUCCAGCUUACUGUGCAUCCCCCUGAGUAAUGACUCAGCACGACUCUGUCUUGGUCUCGACUCGGGCGCCCAGCCAUCACUGCCAUCAUGAAGGCAAUCCCACGCCUACUAAUGGACCACCGGCAACGCUGCACAUUGCUAUAUGGCUAAUGGCUCAACAGUAAGCAGGGCAGCCCUACUCAGGAAGUGCUGGAAGUGAAGUUUGGCACAGGCAUCCUACAUCUUUCACUGGGCAGAUAUUCAUUUUUCAAUGAUUUUUCUUAGUUUUUUCAGUCUUUGACCAGUCAGAUUUGCUGGAUACUUGGAGUUUCCAUACACCCGGGGCCAGAUAGUUGGGGUUUUACUAUAUCAUAGCUUUUUUUUUUUAUUACAAACUUAUUUUGUGGGGAUAUUAUUCAUUCUUUGCUUUGGGUGCCCUUGAAGUAUUGCUUAUAGUGUAGGUAGACUAUUACUGAGAGGUACAUGGUUCAUAUCUUGAAGCACACACAUACCCUUAGGGAGUAUGUCCCUCCAUAUUGUAUCCCUGUUCUCCUAGCUGACAACAGGAAAGGCAAAUGAAGGAUUGUGACCUUGGUCUCUAGCAAGUACAACUGGCAGUAAUGAGAGCUUGGACACUGGCAAGUGACAAACCUGACAUAUCAAUUAAAGCAUUACUCCCUCCUUACCCCUAAAAUUUGAGGGUCUGCUUCUGUCCUCCAAAAUGAACUGUGCAAGACCAGUUAUUAAAUAAUUAUAUUAUUAGCAUAAAUUUUAAUGCUUUAUUGUUUCUCUGAAGUAAAAAUAUAUCAUUGAUGAAAUUGAAAAGUCAAGUCAGAUAUUUGUUCUUUUAAUGUGAUGACAAAAGUAUCUAAUCAUGUGUUAUGCUGUACAGUUUUCUGCUCCAAGAAUCAUGAAAAAUCAGACCAAGAAAGCCUGCAAAUGCAGAAAGUAAGUUUUAAAAAGCCCUGGUACUUUUUUUAUUAUUUUUUUAUGAUGAAAAAGCUACCUGAUUCCAAAAGUAUGAAAUAUGUUAUAUUAGAACAUUGUUUCUUUUAAGAUCAUUAGAAAAUUAUUAAUGAAAAAACUGAGUUACUUCAGUGGUUAGCUCCCUGAGCAUGAAUCUGCAGGCCUGGGUUUAAAUUCUGGCCUGAGCAGUCGGCUUGCAGCCUACCCAGCUGUUCAUCCUUUCUUUCAACCAAUGGUCAAUAAAUGGGUACCUGGGGAAACCUGGGGAAGGUAAACUGUGGUAACCUAGAUGUUACACUAGCCUGUGUUGGGUUAAAGGGUUCCCCUCCACCACAGACUCAAAAGGCCAAUGGGACAGAGAUGAGCAUGACUGCUACACACAGCUAUAGCAUAUGUCCCAACUUUACCUAAAUGUGUUGGAAAAAAGUUGUUAGGUUAAAGAUAAAAUAUUCAAAAGAAAUGGGGAUGUAUCAAGAGGAGUGAUUUGAACAAUCAGAAGAGUGAAAUGUUUUUCUUUACAAAAGAUGCACUGGUUCUCACCCAAAUAUUUUUCUAAGCACAUAACUUAAAGAAAGACAAUAGCUAUGAGGUGCAUAAUAUGUAAUGUGUCAUGGUAAAUCUUUGGUCAGAAAUAGUUUCCCUUCAGUCAUGAUAUCAGUCAUCAGCAGUCACAGUUAAAGAACAGAAUUAUCCUGCUGAAACUCAUGACACCAUGCUUAGCCUCCUGCUGAACCAUGUCCCCAAAGUAUCCGAGGCCAGUGUCGUACACAUACUGAUUUCUGUGCACCAGGUUGAUUCAUCAAGUUGAGUUGAAUUGAAAUUAUGAAUUUAUUCUGUGCAAACUACUUUUAUGCUGAAAUUUUUUUACUUGUCCCUCUUACUUUUCAUUUCUUGAUUAUUAGGUAUUUACCAUACUGUGACUGCAUAAUAAGUGCCCUUUUGCUUCAGAAACUAUGGAUAUCCAAGAGUGUGAGUUUCUCUCUCUCUCCAAUGGUAAUUUCUUUAGGGCUCUUCACAGGAUGUGCAGGCCUGGUUUCUUGUUUCUUGCAUAUAGCCUCACAUAUUUUCAUGGGGGCAAAGCUUGCACUUUGUGGACUGACAGUAGCAGCAUCCAUGACAGUCAACAUUAUAAAAGGAAUCAAGUAUUUGAAGUGUGAGUUUUUAGCUAGUCAUGGGGAGAAACAUUUUUGUUUGGGAUUUUUGUUCCUUAUUGCAUAAUUUAACGAUUAAUAUGAAAGCAUCUGGAAAUUCUCAAUAUUUAUUUAUUUAUUUUUUGCACCCUAACAUUGAAACUGGAUCAUGGACCAUUAUAAAUUUUUCAUUCUUUGUUUGCCUCAUCUUACUUAGAAUUUUCAUUCAACAUCCAUUUUAUUAUAAUAAUUCAACAUGUAAAAGUUUAUCAUUUGUACUAAUUGCAAUUAGCAGCCAUUUUUAGCUCAGCUAGGGUUGAUAGAGAGCAUAACCAACUCUACAAACUGUAGUUAUUAGGAGACAAAUUGCCUUCUUAACCAACUAUGCAUUUCUUUACAAGUAUAGAUGAUUUCUGUGACAUGACAUACAGUAUAACAGGGACUACAGGUUGUAUGAGUUUCCUUAGUUUUACUCCAGCAGCGGAAAUGACAACUAUGAGCUGUUUCAUAAGAUUUUGUAAUAAUGUCAGUAUAGGGUGGAAAGUUUUAUGAUAGUACAGGAAAACCUGAAUACUAUCAUUAAAAAAAAAAAAAAAAAAAAAA